CUCUUCCACAUUUCAAUUAUGGCCGCCAGAUAAUCGCUGAUGUUUAGGUGUUGUGGAGUCGUUCCUUUACUUUGGAAAACUUUAGAUAAGGUAGUCGUGGGAGAGAAAAGUGAUGGUGGACUGAGAGAUAUUCUAAACCUAUCUGCGGACAUGUAUUAUUCCGUGCAAGUCGGAGAUACCGUUUUCACAGUGUUGAAACGGUACCGCAAUCUUCAGAUUAUUGGUUCUGGAGCGCAAGGAAUGGUGUGCUCAGCAUUAGAUUCUAACACAGGAGAUAAGGUUGCUAUCAAAAAACUGAGCAGACCAUUUCAAAAUGUGACUCAUGCCAAGAGAGCAUUCCGAGAACUGGUGCUGUUGAAGAUGGUCAAUCAUAAGAAUAUUAUUGGUCUCCUCAAUGUAUUCACACCGGACAGGUCAUAUGAAGAGUUUCAGGAUCUAUAUCUAGUCACAGAAUUGAUGGAUGCCAGUCUUGUCCAAGUCAUUCAAAUGGACUUGGAUCAUGAAAGGCUCUCGUAUCUUAUGUACCAGAUGUUGUGCGGUGUAAAGCACCUUCAUGAUGCAGGCAUCAUUCACAGGGACCUAAAGCCGAGUAACAUUGUAGUCAAGUCAGAUUGUUCACUGAAGAUACUUGACUUUGGUUUGGCGCGCACUGCUGGUGCAGCUUUCAUGAUGACUCCAUAUGUAGUGACACGGUACUACAGGGCUCCAGAAGUGAUCUUAGGAAUGGGUUACAGUGAGAAUGUGGAUGUGUGGUCUGUUGGCUGUAUAUUGGGUGAGAUGAUUCGUGGAAGUGUUAUGUUUCCUGGAACUGAUCACAUUGAUCAGUGGAAUAAGGUCACUGAGCUUCUUGGCACACCGUCGGAGUCCUUCCUCAGCCAGCUACAACCAUCAGUGAGAAUGUACUGUUCAAGUCGUCCCAAGCAACCUGGAUUCAGUUUUGAGGAUCUUUUCCCAGAUGAUUUGUUUCCACCAGGGAACAAGACUAAAGCUGACGAAUGUCGUGAUCUGUUGUCUAAGAUGCUGGUUGUUGACAGGUCUCAACGGAUAUCGGUCAUUGAAGCUUUGCACCAUCCUUAUAUUCAUGUUUGGUAUGAGAGAAGUGAAGUGGAGUCGAUAAUACCCAGUAAAUAUGAUCACUCAGUCGACGAGAAGGAACUAACAGUUGAAGACUGGAAACGUACAAUUUACCAGGAAGUAAUUUCCUACAAUAACACGAACGACAUUCCAAAGGCUGUGGAAGGAAAUGGAGAGAUAAACGCGUCAUCAUCCAGUUCGAGUAUUUCAUCAGGAAUAGAUAGUUCCAAAAAGAAAGCGAAACGUAAAAAACGGGAGGUACAGACUGGAGGUGGAACUUUAGGCUCAAGAAUCAGACAGAUGAUAAAAGGAGAUGAAUACUAAACCCGAACGGUGGAUGAAUUAGACAUUCUACUGACAAUGCCGGAGCUAGAAAAUGUUGGAUGGUGUGGGUGCGUUGUUGCCAUUGACAACGUGACUUAGAAACACAAGUGAACAAUUUGUGUAGCUCUAUAAAGUUUUGAAAAAAAGAUUCAUGUUCAUGUACACUUAAUGUUCUGCGUGAGAAUUCUAAGAGGACCAAUAACAUUUAUUUUGACUGGUAAGACCAGUUUGAUUGUGAAUCCCGAAUCCCGAAGGGCAGGGUCCGUUUUAAGGGAGAUGUGUACUUCUUGAUGAGAGAAGUGAUUCCACCAAAGAGGGAAGGCCAAGCGAUGAAAACAGAAUAGAAAUACUGAUGAUAUUAUACAGGAGUAAAUAUUGGUUAUAUCUUAGGGCAGUACUUGUAAUUUAGUCAUCCAAAAAGUUUCAUAAGUACGUAUAUUUGAGUUCGUUAGAGAUAGCUUUAUUUCGUGCUAGGUAAGGAAAUAGCUGAUUGUGUUAGCGUACAUUAUUGAAGAAAACCUUCAGUGCUUUAGCUGUUGUUUUUAAAUUUUGAAUCUCUUCACAUUGUUCAAUUUAAAUCACCGUUUAAUUCGCUUUCUGUCAUCAAAAAGUUUCUUCAUGAAAAUCUCGAGCGAUAUAAUAGCAUAGUGAGGUAAAUGUAUCACACUCCAGGCGAAAGAAGAUCUUAGAUGUUUGGAUUCGUUUCCGCGUCGUCCGACACACUUUACUUUUGAAUUGAUGGUAACCUGUAAAGAAAAGUCUUUCAAGCCGGAGAAAUACCUUAGAGGAAUAAGAAAGGAAGAUAACUUACCUGCGGUUCAUUUUUCAUUUAUAAAAAGCAUAUGUUUUCGUUCUUUUCAUAUUGGAAUUGAUUUCAUUGAGAUUAGUUUUUAAAAAUGGCGUGUUAACACAAUGUAGUAGACAAGUGGCCAGCUUUAGUAGUGAAGGGGGGGGGGAGUGGAAAGUGUAGCAGGACAAACGGUUGUUAACUUCAGUUACCAGAAACAGAGGUGAUGUUACGGUGGAAAAAGUCGCGGUAGGCUACAAUAGUUCACUGAACAGUUAGAUCCUGCGUCUUAACCUUUUGCACCUUGACAUGGGUACCCAUAUUCUUCAUACUGUUCUCUUAUAUUUCUUAUGUUGCUGACUAGGAGAAUUUGCUCAUCGAUCAAGGGCUUCAGUAGUUGGCGAAAGGUUUCCUUACUCUCAUGACCUUUUUAUUUGAUUCAGGGUUUUACCGUAAGGAGGAAUUAGAAGCCAGUGAUUCUUAAAGGUUAAAGGGUCAAAGGUUGAGGCGAAUGGCUCAUAUUGUGCCAAGGAAAUUUUUAUAUCAGUGGAUAUGAGGCGAGAAACAUAGCACGUCGGUAAAUUACUAAUGGGUUUGGUGUUAAGUCGUGUGCGAGGUUGAAACAUUUUUUUUUAUUAUUCUGAUAAAGCACUUGGCUGCUGUUAAAAUAGAGGAUAACUCCGUAUAGAUGGCCACUUGGAAACUACUCUGUCCACCUGCGCUUUAUUGCGCGCAUUUAGCAGCAUUAUACGUUUAUAUACUUAGUCAAGUAAUUUCUUCUUAGCUUACAGAAGAUUAAAGUUGUACGCAUGGAUUAAUUUUGGUUGUGAGAUAAGAAUACUAUUUCAUUCUAAUUGGCGUUCAAAUUCUGUCAAUAAACAGCGCAUAUUUAAUAACA